UUUCACUACUCUCACUCUUCUUCACCUUCCUGUAUAGUCUGUUUUUGAAAGUUCAAAAUCACACACACGUCUCUCUUUCUCUUUCACACACACCCUCUCUCCCCCUCGAGAGCAGCUUGCUCAGACAACGUUCAACCGAAGCCGCCAUUAAUGUGAAGAUUUCUUCGGAUUCUCGUGCUAUGAACAUGAAGUGAGCUGAUAAUUUUGCAGUGUGCAAUUUUCCUGCUCGUUCCUUUCCUGAUGACUUCGAUGAGCUCGAUCUACUGAAGUUUUCUCACAAUUGUCGUGCUGUGUCCUUAGUUUUGUUUCUGAAAAAGCGAAAAAAAAGUAUUUGUUUGAAAAUGGAAAGGGAUAAGCGGAAAAAAUCGAAGAUGCCUUGCCUUUUUGGAGGUAAUGGAGACAAUCUCAAACGGAAAACUGUUCAACCUAGGUCCCAAACUGGUGACAUCAUCGAGCAUAAUUUGUUCACGUUUGAAGUAGGGCAAACCUCUUCUAAACAAAGUUAUGGGACACCCAUGAAGACAUUAUUAGCUAAAGAAAUGUUAAAUGAAACUUCAGCCAAAAAACGUUCACCAAGUCUCAUAGCCAAGUUAAUGGGUCUAGAUGGACUACCAUCUCCUCAGUCUAUUCACAAGCAACAAAGAAAGUUAUCAGACAACAAAAGGAAUGAGAAGCCAUUAAGUCACCAGUUUAAUAAGAAGACCACAAUCGAACAACAACAAUUCAAAGAUGUUUAUGAAGAUCCAGAAGCAUCACAUUCAGGAAAUCAUCAUUAUCCAUCACCACCGAAUUCAAAAAGAAGGUCCACAAAACAGGAAUUCGGAUACAUUCAGGAAAGAUGCGAUGAAGUGCUCAGGGAAUCGAUUGCAUUCAAAAGUAAACUUGAAAGGGUUGACUCAAACUCGGACUUGAUGUUGACUUUUCUGCAAAAACCAGAUUCCUUAUUUGUAAAGCAUCUACACGAUCAACAAAGUAUCCCUCAUGGUUCUCUCUGCAACCAAAUAACUGUCUUGAAGCCAUCAAAUUCUGUCAUGCAUGGUUCAAAAAAAGAAGAGAAAGAAACAUUAAUCUAUCGCCAUAGAAGAUCAUCUAGAAUUCUAGAAAGGAAAGACGAUAUUGCCCUUUCGCCAACAAGGAUCGUUGUCCUCAAACCAAAUCUUGCAAAAAUCCACAACGAUAGAACUUAUGUUCUCCAUUCUCCCGAGAUGUAUAAAGGGCCAUUAGGUGAAGUGAGGUCAUCUAGACACAAGUCAAGAGAAGCUAGAGAGAUUGCAAAGCAAAUCACUAGUCAAAUGAAAGAAGGAUUUGAAUGUGGGGACAUAAACUUAUUUCAUUCUGGUUACAGAGGGUAUGAUGACAUGGAUGAAUUUGAUAGGCCCAGGCGUUCACCUAUGUCUGAAUCCUCUGUGAUUAGAGAAGCAAAAAAGAGAAUGUCUCAAAGAUGGAAAACUCAUGGAUAUAAAGAUGCAAACAUGAUUGGUAAAGGCAGCACCAGCACACUGGAAGAAAUGCUUUCUGUUCCCAAUACUGAAAUGAGGCAGGAUGAUGACAUCAUCAAUGGUGAAUAUCUCAGAAGUAGCACAUCAAAAUCAAGAUCAAGAUCUGUCCCUCCAUCUUUUAACAAUCGAAGUCAUAAGACGAGUGAUUAUCAUGAAGCUCAUAGUGAAUUAAAGAACAUGGUACAUAAUGAGCAGGUUCAUAGAUUUAAAAAUAAAGAAGUGAAGAGUAAUUUUAACCAUAGAGAAGAUUCACGAUCCAAAAAUGUAAGAUACACGAAAAGAUGCAAUGCUUGUAGCCCUGAGUUUGAUGAUUAUUUACCAGAAUGCCAUUCUACCCGAAAACCAACCGAACAAGAUUUGCUAAUUUCUAAUAGUAGUAAUAUCUAUGAUCCUCAUCCUGAUCCUGCCAUAACCAUUAAUGAAGAGAGAUUGAUUUCACAGGAACAAUGGAGUGCAAAAUCAGGUGGAACUAUUUCCAUUCAGUUGUCUGGACCUGAGCCAGAAUCGUCUGAAGGGUCCAAGGAGGUUGACCAAUGUGGUCAGCUUUCUUCAGUGUUGGAAGCUUCGCCUACAGAAGAUGUAUCAUCUGGUUCUGAUUGCUUUGAGGGAGUCAGCACUCGACUUCUUGAACUCAGGAAACAACUUCAUCUACUUAAAAUGGAGUCGGAGUCAACUUACGAUAGUCAAAAUGAUGAAGAGGUGGAGCAAGAAUCUUCCUUGACAAUCUUGGAAUCUGAAAACUGGGAAUCCAUGUAUUUCAUAGAUUUCCUAAAAGGCUGUGGAUUUUACGAUCAUGACACGUAUACAUUCAUGUGCACGUGGUAUAACAAUAACUCUCAAGAUAAAGAUAAUGGUAAUCCAACAGAAACAGAUACAUGGUUAUUUGAUUAUCUUGAAAAGAAGUACUGUGAAGGAUGGAGUGUUUCGAGAAGUGAAAGAAGGUUGUUUUAUGAUCGUAUAAGAGAAGCGUUGUUUGAUAUUUGCAAGACUAGGGUUUCAUGUUGGUGGGUGGGUGUUGCGGAGAGGGGAAUUCAGAUGAAAUUGACGGAAAUUGGUUUUGAAGAUCAGGUGCAGAAGGUACUUGGCAAGCAAGAGAAGGAAGCAAUGGAGGAUUUUGAGGAAACGUGUAUUGAUAAGGAUUUGGAUUGGUUUGUAGCGGUGAAUGAAAUUGAUGUUGUAGGUAAGAAAAUGGUUGAGAUGUUGGUCAAUGAUUUAGUACUAGAAAUUGUAAACCUAUAGACAAUAGCAGUAGUAGUAAUAGAACCACUACAAGAAAUAAAAUUAAGUAAUGGUGGUUUUUUUUUUAUCUUGUAAUCAUGAUACUUGAUGUGGAUGUGGAAGGAGGUUAGAAAUGCAUGAAGUCCACUUGAUCA